AUGAAAUUUGACAUUACUGGUCCUCCACCCCCAUGGCAUAGGUUCAGCAACCGCCUACGCCCUGCCACCGCAUCUCCCCGUAUCCUCAUCCUUCUCGACCGCUCCAAGACGAAGUAUCAAUCUGUCAUUGACAAGAUUCACGACAUCAAUGCUUCAGUCAGUGUCAAGUUCGUCGAAACAGACUUCGAAUUUAUGGCAAACGUUCGCAAGGCUGCUGACACCAUCCUUGCCGACAGAGACGUCACUACAAUCGACGCGCUGUUCAACAACGCUGGUGUCAUCACGAAUGAUCUUGUACGCACGCCGGAUGGAUUUGAGAGUCAAUUUGCAAUCAAUCAUCUCUCGCACUUUCUUCUCACCAACAUGCUCAUGCCACGAUUAUUCACCUCGUCUUGCCCAAAAAUCGUCAACAUUUCGAGCCUUGGACACCAGCACUGCCAGCCAACCUUCCAGGAGCCUCACUUCAACAACAUCGACCCACAGAAGUACAACCCUACGGAGGCGUAUGCUAAAUCCAAAGGAGCGCAGGUCCUCUUCUCUGUGGCGCUCAACAGGCGAACCAAUUUGAAACUCGAAACGCUGAUGGUUAUGACACAGGAGAUCGUGGGAAGGAGUCUUGAAGAAGCAAAUGAGACGCUCACCAAGACUUCUGAAGGAGGUUGCGCAACUGGUUUAACAACUCCUUUGGAACUAGAUGUACCUAAUGGUGUUUUUAUGAAUGACUGUGAAGUUCCUAAAGACCCCGAGCUUGUUACGGCUUGGGCGCAGGAUGCUGGAAAAGCAGAGGUCUGUUGGAGAGUUAGUGAAGGGGCGGUUGGGCAGAGCUUUAGCUUUGAAGUGGGCCUGUUGUGA